GCAAGGCGUCCGGAGAACCCAGUAAUCCGAGAAUGCAACAUCAGCCCUUCCCACCAGGCACUUCCUUCCUUUUCCCGAACGUCCAGGGAGGGAGGGCUGCGCAUUUAUAAACUCCGGUCCGGGCAGACCAGUAUGUCAGAGGCUGCCUCGCCGGGGAAGCGCGCCGCAGUCAGAAGCGUCUGGGCUAGGACCAAAGCCAGUGGCUGAAGCCAGCGGCGCCCUGUGCCUUUCUGCCCCGGUCAGGUCCCAGUCCCGUCACAGAGCCUGCACUUUUUCUGGCGCCUGCACGCAGCACCCUUGGACAGCAUGCUCGGCGUCUUUCUUCUGGGUAUGUUGGCCCCGGCGGGCCUGGGGCUUCCCGCACCAGCAGAGCCGCAGCUCAGCAGCAGUCAGUGCGUCGAACACGAGUGCUUCGCGCUUUUCCCGGGUCCCGUGACCUUCCUCGCUGCCAACCAGGCCUGCAAGCGCCUGCGAGGACACCUGAUGACGGUGCGCUCCUCGGUGGCUGCCGAUGUCAUCUCCUUGCUGCUGAGCGACGAUGACAGCAUCGGUCCACGUCUUUGGAUCGGUCUGCAGCUCCCGCAGGGCUGCGGCGACCCGGAGCAACUUGGGCCCCUACGCGGCUUCCAUUGGGUUACAGGUGACAAUCGUACCAGCUACAGCAGGUGGGCGCUUGACCGCGAUGGGGUGCCCCUCUGCGGCCCGCUGUGCGUCACUGUCUCGGCAAUGGUAGCCUCAGCGCCUGGAGAACCGGUAUGGGAGGAACAACAGUGCAACCAGGAGGCCGACGGCUUCCUCUGCGAGUUCCACUUCCCAGCCUCCUGCAGGCCCCUGGCGGUGGACCCCAGCGCCGCAGUUGCGGUUCACGUCCCAAGUACUUAUAACACCCCGUUCGGGGCCCAUGGCCGGGACUUUCAGGCACUGCCAGUGGGCACCUCCGCUGUAGUGGAGAACUUGGACUUGGAGUUGAUGUGCACUGCGCCGCCUGCAGCUGCAGAGGCGCGCUGGAGUCGGGAGGCUCCCGGUGCCUGGGACUGCAACGUGGAGAACGGAGGCUGUGAGCACGCGUGCAACCGGAGCGCUGUGACGCCCAGCUGCCUCUGCCCAGGCGACGCCGCUCUGCAGGAAGACGGUCGCUCCUGCGCCCCACCUAUGGUGCAAUCCUGCAACGAUCUCUGCGAACACUUCUGUGUCAACAACUCCGACGUGCCGGGUUCCUACAUGUGUAUGUGCGAGACUGGCUACCAACUGGCGGCCGACCAGCACCGGUGCGAGGAUGUGGACGACUGUAUGCUGGUUCCAAAUCCGUGCCUGCAACGUUGUGUCAACACGAAGGGCGGUUUUGAGUGCCACUGCUAUCCUGGCUAUGAACUGGUAGAUGGCGAAUGCGUGGAGCUCGUUGAUCCGUGUUUCGGUGCUAACUGCGAGUACCAAUGUCAGCCGGUGAGCCCAACAGAGUACCGUUGCAUCUGCGCUGAGGGCUUUGCACCCAGUCCCCAAGACUCGCACAGGUGCCUGAUGUUCUGCAAUGAGACUGCAUGCCCCGCAGACUGUGACCCCAACAGUCCAGACACCUGCCGGUGUCCGGAAGGCUACAUCCUGGACGAGGGUUUCAUGUGCAUGGACAUAGACGAGUGCGACAACGAAUACUGUUCUCAUGAGUGCCGCAACCUCCCUGGCUCCUAUGAAUGCAUCUGUGGGCCCGACUCCGCUCUUGCGGGUCAGGUUGGCACAGACUGUGACCCUAUCAAGGUGUCCACCAGCGACGACGACGAAGGUGGCUCUGGAGAGCUCCCAGUCAGUCCGACGCCAGUCUCCACCUCAAGUUCUCCUACCGCGGGGCCUGUGCAUUCAGGCGUGCUCAUUGGCAUCUCCAUCGCGAGCCUGUCGCUGGUGGUGGCACUUUUGGCACUCCUAUGCCACCAGCGCAAAAAGCAGGGCAAUGCGCGACCGGAGCUGGAGUACAAGUGCGGGUCACCAGCCAAGGAGGUGGUGCUGCAGCAGGUGAGAACUGAUCGGACGCUGCAGAAACUCUGAGGGCCCUCCCUCCAGGGACCUGGGUGUUGUCAUGGCCUUUCCCUCCUUCCUGUGCCUCUCUCGUUGGCUACUCAAAAGCACCCUAGCUUGCUUGACACCUGGAGAAGACCCUUCUCCAUCCUCCCAUACUGUAUGUAGUUGGGCAGGAAAGGAUUGGAAGGAGGGGAGCCCCAAUCUCUUCCAAGAACACCACUGAACAACUGGGCAGAGAUGCAAAUUUAAACGAAGACACAGACUGCAAAGUGUCCCAGGCCCUCGCCACAGGGACAGGAAGGGUGAGCCUUACUGGUCUAUAGCUUUGGGGCCUGACUUGUGAGCUAGUGAUGAUGACCAGCAUAUUUAUUAUUAUUUUUAAGUAUUUAGUUUUUUUCAUUCCUUUGCUUUUUUCCCUACCUGCAUCUCUCCAAUAUGAACUUUAUGUGUGUGUGACUCUCUAUUACCUCCUCUCUCUCCUCCCACCUCUCCUUUUUCUCUCUCUUCCUCACUACCUCUCUCUUGGCCCUACUUCUUUGCUGUUAGCUGUCCAUCUAGGCAGACAUCCUACAGGAAACAGAAACAAAAACACUAAAACCCAAACAAUAGAAUAUUUUCUUUUUCACCAGCUUUGAUAAUUUAUCCCCAAAUUUUAAGCUUCCAGAGCUCAAUAAUUUUAGCACAUGUUAAAAAUUGAGAGGCAAUAGUUACAUUAAUGUCACUGGACUGUUAUAGAAACUCAACCCAAGGAAUUUUUAUCUUCAGUUUUUAAAAAGUGACCCUGGGUUUCAUUGUUGUUGAUUUGACUUGGACUGAAAAACAGAAAUUGUUGUUAAGUUUUUAUGUAGUUUCCAUCAUAAUUGUUGUUGUUGAUAUUAUUAUUAUUUUAAUUUUUGACAGUGUCAAAAAUAUUCAGAUGCUUGCCCUAAAUUGAGAGAAAUACCUCCCAGGGGACAGUUUAAGAAAUCUUUGAGCUGCAUGCUUCUUGUUAAUUUGACUCUCAAUUGCUCUUGUCACUUGUAGUUCAAAAUAAAAGCUGCCCUACUGGUUUUGAGGGGAAUUGGGAACUUGGAAAUGGAGAUGGAGGGAUGCCCUUUUAGUCAAAUUUAUGUUUCUGUGACCAAAAUAUCUAACAAGAACAACUUAGAAGAAGGAAAGUUUAUUUGGGGCUCUGUAUUCAGAGGUUUCAGUUCAUAGAUGGUUGACUUCAUUGCCCUGGGCUCAAGGUGAGGCAGAACAUCAUGGUGGGGGAGUCCAGUUCAGCUCCUGGAGGGGUCAGAAAGCAGAGAGAGAAAAAGAAGGGGCCACAGGGAAGAUACACCCUUCCAGGGUAUGCCCCCAGUUACCCACCUCCUUCAACUAGGACUCCUCUGCCUCCAGUUACCACUCAGUCCUUUCAAAUUAGUAUGGACUGAUUAGGUUACAGCUCUCAAUCCAAUUAUUUUACCUCUGAACACUCCUGCACUGGGGGAGACACUUCAUAUCCAACCAUAACAAUGCUCAAUUAGGACCUCACCUUAAUGAGGCACUUGGGGAAUGUCUCCCUCCUUGCCCUGGCCAUUGGAUCUGGUUCUGGGAUAAGAAUUGGGCCUCCCAUGGGAACUCUUUAGAUAUGCAGAGUCCUAGGCUCUAGCCUACUUAGUUCAUGAAAAACUGCAUUUAAAUAAUACCUGCAAGGGGGUUAUCUGCUCAGUCAUUUGAAGACAAUAGUUCUAGACUGUUUCCAACUAUUUGGAGAACAUUAAAUAUGGGUCAGUAAUAAGUAGCAGGCCACAUCAGGCCCUUUAUUUUCAAGAAACUGAGGAAUUUUCAUUGUAUAGCUUUGCUUUCUGGUAGAAAAGACUAGGUACACACCUCUAGACAUUACCACACAGGGUCAAGAAGGUUUGGUUCAACUAAGCCAAAAAUGGAAUCAUGCUUCAAUGGAUGGGGGAAAAAUGUAUCAUAUGUGUAAGUGUAUCAUAUGUAAGGCAAAGGUUUUUCUCUACUGUUUUGUGAACUCAACACAUUUGUACAUAGUUAUUUAUUUAUUGGAGUUAAACUAGAACACAGGCAAAACCCUUGCUUAUGACUAUACUUGUACAAAAUAAACAAAUUAAACAAAU